CACGCUGGGACCUGAAAUCAGCUGACUGGAGCUAACUCCGCUGUUAGCUGUCCCGGAGUGGCCGGAUUGCCGUUUGUUCCGUCCAUCAAAAAUCCUCUCGCCCUUCAUUCCCAUGUGAGGAUGGAAAGUGAGGAUGGAGCUGUCCUCCGGAUCCGUGGUCGAGCCAUUCCUAAGAUGCCAACCUUCCCUGAUUUGAAUGAGGAAGCUAGUCCUGGAAGACGCCACCAAGACAGGGGAGACCAUGUUCCCACCAGCAAUGGGAGAAUUGAAGUGGAGCAUGUGAUCAGCAAAAAGCUGCUACUCAAAAGAAAAGCGGAGGUCCUGAAGAGUGACCUGAUACGUCAGUUUGACAAUCAGGUCAAUGACUUGAUGGACAGCCUUAUUGAAGAAUCAGUCAGCCUGGAGCCUGCACCCGUUUCUGCUGUCUUCUCACCACCGUUAUCAGACAAGGAGAGAAAUAAACUCAGGAAUUUCAGACCUCCUCAUGGCCAGGGAAAGCAGUUUGUAAAUCGCAGGUCCCUUCUAGAUGAGCUCUUUGAAGUGAACCACAUCAGGACCAUCUAUCACAUGUUUAUUGCCCUGCUCAUUCUAUUUAUCCUCAGCACACUUGUGGUAGAUUUUAUAGAUGAAAGCAGGCUGGUGCUUGACUUUGACCUGCUGGUGUAUGCGUUUGGACAGUUUCCUCUGGUGGUGUGCACCUGGAUCUGCAUGUUCCUGUCUGCAUUUGUAAUUCCCUACGCCUUAUUCUACCUGUGGUCACAGAGCCAGUCUGCCUCCUUUAGUCAUCCCAGGUUGUACAGCUUGCUCUUUGGCUCUGUGUUCCUUCUUUAUCAAGCGCUGGGUUUGGGAUUCCUGCCAACAUAUGUGGUGGUGACCAACAGUUUGCCACCUGCAUCCUGCUUCAUCAUCAUCCUGGAACAGGUACGUCUAAUGAUGAAAGCUCACUCCUUUGUCCGGGAAAAUGUACCAAGAGUGCUGACCUGGGCCAAGGACAAGACCAGCCCUGGUCCAGUUGUCCCUCAGGUUUCUCAGUAUCUCUACUUCUUGUUUGCACCCACACUUAUUUACAGAGACAAAUACCCAAGAAAUCCAGUGAUUAGAUGGGGUUAUGUGGCCACAAAGUUACUUCAGGUGCUUGGCUGUCUGUUUUAUGCCUAUUACAUCUUUGUGCGGUUGUGUAUACCUCAGUUUCGAAGCAUUAGCUUGCAACUCUUUGACCUGCGGGCCAUGGUCCUCUGUGUGUUCAACUCCAUCCUGCCAGGAGUGUUGGUCCUCUUCCUUGGAUUUUUUGCCUUCCUUCACUGUUGGCUCAAUGCUUUUGCGGAAAUGCUUUGCUUUGCUGACAGGAUGUUUUACAAGGAUUGGUGGAAUUCAACAUCUUACGCUAACUACUAUCGUACUUGGAAUGUGGUGGUCCAUGAUUGGCUUUACUACUACGUGUACUGUGACUUCUUGCUGGUAUCUAAGAAGCGUUUCCGAACAACCGCCAUGCUGUUCGUGUUUACAGUGUCCGCAGUGGUCCAUGAGUACAUUUUAGCCAUUUGCUUUGGCUUCUUCUAUCCUGUGCUCUUCUGCCUCUUCAUGUGCUUUGGGAUGAUGUUUAACUUCAUUCUCCAUGACCAGAGGAAAGGCCCCAUAUGGAACAUAAUUAUGUGGACAUCCCUGUUCUUGGGUCAGGGGGUCAUUAUCUGUCUUUAUUCCCAAGAGUGGUAUGCCCAGCGCUACUGUCCUGUGAAGGAGCCUUCCUUUCUAGACUUACUGACACCUCGCUCCUGGAGCUGUCAGAAGGAGCCUGAUAUCAGGCUCUGACCUACAGUGAGUCGGGAAAAGGACGUGCAGUCAUUAUUAUGAACUACACCAGCUCUUCUUUUCCUGCCAUUGCUUUUGUUUUUUUCUUUGUUUUAUUUUAUUGCACUAUGUUUGUAUGUUUUGUCUAAGAAUGUACUGAAGAACUUCAGCCAAAAUGCCAAAAAAAAAAGAAAAAGUCACAAUGAUGCUUGAUCUAUUUUAGGUUAAAGGCAACCCCACAACAACCCUACUGAUUCACAUUAAGGUCUUUAAACUUUUUGAUGUGCUCUGUAUAUUGCUAUUCCUGAUGCCUUAAUCAACUGUGAAACCCCUCCUUAUCUCAAUAUGACAGUGGCAAUAAUGGCAGCUGGAUACAAACAUUACACCAUCAGAAAUAUUAUUUACAUAAGCAGUAGUGGUUAAUAUUUAACAUCUGGAGUCUCUUCUCUGUCAUAAAGAACAUUUGGUAUUUUCACUUCAAAGACCGUAUAGACUUGGUUCUUUUCUCUACUGAUGGGAUUGAACUUGAAAAUGUCAACUGUUUGGUGUUUUGUAUGAAUCUCUGUCUCUGUAUUGUAACUCCGGGAAUGCAGUUUUCAUCUUCAGAGGGGAGCGAAAUGGCAGCGGACAAUGUUUGACACAGUGACAUGGUUAAGAAGUUGCUAUUUUUGUAUUUCUAAGUGUCAGGCAAAGAGCAAAAUAUUAUGACACACCUGAAUUGUAUAUUUCACAAAUGUAAUAUUUUAUUAUUUUGAUCUUUAUCUGAGCAGCCACCUGUUGGGAAGAUACGAUUGCACUGGGUGCAUUAUCACUGACUUGAUUCAAUUGUUUUUGAAUGUGCACCUAGCUUUGCACAGAAAGUUUCUUGUGACCAUGUUGAUAUAUUUAUCAUAUAUUUUCUUCAUGACCAAUAUGAGAAUUAUGUGCAGUGAUGCCAGUCACGUGACUGCAGAAUAACUACUACUGUAAAACUUGCAGCUGGCUGUAAAGGAAAAGAAAAGCAAUGGUACUUCAUUAACUGUAAGGGCUACUGUUAGUAUUUUUUGAUACUGGGUGCUGAGUAAUUCACAUGUCAGAUCAAGGUAUUAUCCGAGGUGUUGCUGCUUCUAGACCUUGUUUACUUCAAUUUGUGGAAUGUUAAUGCACAGAUAUUAUUGCCAAUUCCAACUUGUUUAAAACGGUUUAGUGCUUUUGAAUUGCAGGAUGCAUCAUACAAGCACAAAUCAGCAAGGGCAAACUUUACACUCCUAUACAAUUUAAUGGCCACAAGGAGGCAGUGUAUUAAAGCUUUUCAUUUUGAUUCUUUCUUUGGCAUCAGAGGGUUUUCUGAGAUCGAUGUACUGCAGGUACCAGCAAAUCUUUUCUUUUAAUGUAUGCUUAUUAUAAUGGAUAUGUUGGAAGUUUGAACUCACUUGUAUUCAACAUUUUAUUUUUCCUUAUAAUUUUAUGUCUGUAAAAAUAUUAUUUAUAAUCAUUAAGUGCCAAGUUGAAGAAAUGCCAUUUGUUUGGAUAUUAAAUUUUUUGGAGCA